CUGACGAUGAAGUUCAUCACUCUGCUUGUGUUUCCCUUCGCGGCUGCUCUCGCUAGCACUGUACCCUUCAAGGGCUGCCAGCAAAAGGUGAAAGAGAGUAUCCACAGUCCACCCCACGGGUGGUACAAGCAUGCUCCCGCACAAAAGCACCACAUGCUCGAGCUCAAGAUCGCUCUUUCUCAGCCCAGGUUCCCGGAACUUGAGCAGCACCUCUGGGAGAUAAGCGAUCCUAGCCACGCACGUUACGGGGAGUACUUGUCGAAGCAGGAGACUGAGACACUCAUGGCCCCCCACCCUGAGACUCUGGCCGUCGUCAGCGAAUGGCUUACCUUGCACGGUCUGGCAGAAGAAGAAGUUAUCCAUUCAUCCGCACGCGAUUGGGUCACUAUUCAUGUCCCGGUCGGUCUCGCAGAAGAGAUGCUGGAUACUACAUACCAUGUUUAUAAACACGCUGAGACUGGAGAGAGCAUCCUCAGGACUACGAGCUACAGUCUCCCUGACAUCUUGCACCAUCAUGUUGAUCUUAUUCAGCCUACGACCAUGUUCGCUCGUUUCAAGGCAUUCAAGAGCACACUGCACUGGUCUAACCAGGCACAGCCUGCGGCGCCAUACCUGCCGAGCGAAACAAUCACGGGGCCUGCAGGCAAUCCCGUCGAUGCGAGCUGCAAGUCUACGAUUACCCUUUCUUGCUUGAGACAGUUGUAUAAUGCAGAGAACUAUAAAACAACCGCCACAAACUGCAACAAGCUGGGUAUCACUGGUUAUCUUGACCAGUAUGCAAAUAAUAAGGACCUUCAGCAAUUCUACCUGGCCCAAAAUCCUUCCGCUCAUGGUUCGAAUUACACUUUGGUUUCUAUUCAUGGCGGAAAGAACAACCAGAGCUAUGCGGCGGCAGGAGAUGAAGCCAACCUUGAUACUCAGUUUGGUUUCGGACUCGUGUGGCCCACUCCCGGAACGUUCUACACGACUGCUGGUCAGCCUCCUUACAUUCCCGACCUGGUGUACCCGACGAAUCUAAAUGAGCCAUACACAUACUGGCUUGAACACUUACUUUCACAGAAUGAUAUUCCUCAGACAAUCUCUACCAGUUACGGUGAUCAUGAACAAACUGUCCCGUACACCUAUGCGACCCGUGUUUGCGCUGGUAUGGCGUCUCUCAGUGCUCGCGGUGUUUCUUUGUUGUUCUCCUCUGGUGAUGGUGGCGUUGGUGAUGGGAAUUCCGACCUUGCCACUCAAUUAUGUAAAUCCAAUGAUGGGCGCAAUGUUACAAAAUUCCUGCCGUCAUUCCCCGCUUCCUGCCCAUACGUGACUGCUGUUGGUGGUACUAUCAACAUCCCAGAGACUGCCGUGUUUUUUUCUGGUGGUGGAUUCAGCGACUAUUUUGCUCGUCCUGCAUACCAGGAGGCUGCCGUCUCUAAAUACUUAGCGAUGCUCGCUCCCGGUACGUUCAAAGCACAAGCAACAUCAUUCUCUAUCAUUUAUCAAGGUGAAGGGAAUUUAAUCAAUGGUACAUCCUGUGCUUCGCCCGCCUUUGCCGGAUUUGUAUCCAUGUUGAACGACGCACGCAUCAAUGCUGGAAAGACUCCUCUUGGCCUUUUGAAUCCAUUGUUAUAUUCCACUGGCUACACUGCAUUAAAUGAUAUCACUCAAGGGAACAACCCAGGAUGUGGAACUCAGGGCUUCAAUGCCACUGUUGGAUGGGAUCCUGUCACUGGACACGGCACACCCAACUUCGAAAAAUUGAAGGCCUUGGUCUUGGCCUUGCCUUAAAUUAAUCUACACGAAAUCCAUUUUGGUAGACAGGAUCCACGAUGGAUAUACGUGCAUCGUAUACAUUCACUCCUUCACUCCUGUAGGGUUUUCACCGAACAAUUUUCUAUGUGCGAGCAAAAUUAUGUACUGAGCGGUUCAAGGCAGUAACUCGGGCCGACGCUA